CGUGGUCCAGUGGUCCAGUUUCACUUCCGCGUUCAGGGGCGAUAAACGGAAUGGUGAGACUUUUCGUUAGCUACCAAGUGCAAACCGAUGUGUAACAGUGACCAUAAUUUAUAUCCGUGAUCUGUUGCUUUAACGCUCGCUCGUGGACGUGUGCACCUGUUUUAUUGCUGUAAAAUCUACUUGUUUUGGAACAAGCUUGUUAAUCCGGGUAGCAGAAACUUGCUAGCUACCCCAAGUCACCUGACCAGCUUUGGCUAGUUUACUUUCAUAUUGCUCCAUCGUGUCUCAUACAACAGCUUGGAUAACUGUCAAGGUUUCAGGUAUGGCCCAGCCUUUGUAUUUGAGAUUGCUGGCUUUUCUUGUACUAAUGGCCACUGAAGCACUAACAAGCGACAACACACAGAAGUGCAAGUUAGCCCAUGAGAACCAAUCUGAGAGAGAUGUGCUCAAAGUCCUGGAGCCACUCACCAAUCAGAAUUUUUCUGUUGAAACCGAAGUGGGAAAGGAUAAGUACACGUACGUGUUCCAGGUGUGUGGGGAUGCUGAUGGGGUGAAAGGUGCAGGAGUGGUGCAGAAGAGCUCGGACGACAAGAAAGUGUUCAUCGGGAGGUACAAUUCAACACAGGCUGUUAAAGGAAGUGACUGGAUAAUGCUGAUCUACCUGGGUGGAGAUCGUUAUCAUGAGCAUUGCACACAGGAGUCAAGGAAAGCCAUGAUCAUGAUUUCCUGUGACAGAUCUAAGGCUGCAGGACAGCUGUCAGUGAUUCUGGAGGACAGAGAGCGGGACACUGACUGCUUUUACUUGUUCGAGAUGGACUCCAGCGCUGUGUGUCCUAAGAUUGAAUCCAAACUCAGCACUGGAUCCAUACUUCUCAUGGUAUGCAUCUCCUCCUUGGCUGUCUACCUCAUCAGUGGAUUUCUCUACCAACGAUUGGUUGUUGGAGCAAAAGGAGUUGAACAAUUUCCAAACACCGGCUUUUGGUCAGAAAUAGGCAAUUUAUCAGCUGAUGGAUGUGACUUUGUGUGCCGCUCCCGUGGCAGCAGAGAGGAACCACCCACUUAUAGGGGCGUGGUUACUGAGCCGUUAGAAGAGCCAGAGGAAAGGGACGACCAUUUGCUUCCAAUGUGAUCAUGGCAUGUGACUGAGUGUGCUGAGCAUUGGCUUAGCGAGGCAUAGGCCAGGAAGGCUUCUCCAUAUUUGAGUUAUUCAAAUAAAGCACUUCCCACAUUUAUGUAUUUCUUGUACUGCUCUUAGGCAAUUAAUACUGUGCUUCAACACAAUCUUAUCUUUCUCCUUGUAAAAAUUGCAGCAGAACGGUUGACACUUUUGACUUGUUUGAGACAUACUUUAGCAUUCAAAUCCAGUUUAUUCCCAAAGAAGCCUACAAAUUGAAUCUUUAUGAAUUUGCUUAGUGGUUCAAUGUUAUUAGUUAUUACUUCCAGUUGAUAUUAUUGAACUGUUUGUUUUUUUUGCUACUGCUCUACAAGUCUUUUUUGAAUGCCUCAAUUCUGCUGAUGUAAAUAUAGAUUCUAUUGAUUUACCUGUUACUUCUGCAUUGAAAACACUGGAAAACACACCACAGUGCUGAAGUGACAUACUCAGUGACUGAUUUCAAAAUGUUACAGCGUUUUAUAAUAUUACUGUUUAUGUAUUAUCAAAGUUUUUGUCAGAGCGGUUGGUGAGCCAAUGGAGAGUUAAAAAUCGUCCAAUACUGUAUGCAAUGUGCAUUCUAAAGAUAGAAGUGACAAGGCUUAAUCUUGGAAUAAUUUGAAGGCUUGAAAGACUGACUGAAAUUGAAAGAAUGUUUGCGAUGGAAUAUUAAAAGUGUUUCCAGAAAUCAA